AUGGACAACAACGGGGUGAACAACAACGGUGGCAAUGGCAAUAAUAACAAUCAACCAGCAGCUGCUGGGGCUCCUCUUAAUCCAGCGCAGUGGGCAGUGCAUGAUUUUUGCAUGCCUGUUGUGAAUGAAAAUCUCACUGGAAUAGCAAAUCUAGCCAUUGCUGCCAACAACUUUGAACUGAAACCUGCACUAAUUAACAUGGUGCAGCAAAAUCAGUUUGGGGGACUAGCUACUGAAGACCCUAACAUUUUCUUGGCCAUAUUUCUAGAGGUAUGUGCCACAGUGAAGUUGAAUGGCGUUACUGAUGAUGCCAUCAGAUUGCGUCUCUUCCCUUUCUCUUUGAGGGAAAGAGCCAGGAGUUGGUUGCAAUCUUUGCAGCCUGGAACAAUUACAACAUGGGAUGAGAUGGCAAGAAAGUUCCUGAGUAAGUUCUUCCCUCCUUCCAAGUCAGCCCAAUUACGUAGUGACAUUGGGCAAUUUCGACAGUUAGAUCAAGAACCAUUCUAUGAGAGGUUUAAGGAAUUAUUACGACGUUGCCCACAGCAUGGUUAUCAAAAUUGGAUGCAAGUUCAGAUUUUUUAUCAAGGGUUGAAUGCUCCAACACGAACAAUAGUUGAUGUUGCUGCAGGGGGUGCUCUAUUAGCCAAGACAGCUAAUGAAGCCUUCACUUUGAUGGAGGAAAUGGCCACCAACAGUUAUCAGUGGCCCAAUGAGAGAUUAGGCCCAAGGAAAGUUGCUGGGUUAUAUGAAGUUGAUCAGAUGACAGCCAUGAAUGCCCAAAUUGCUGCUCUACAAAACCAAAUGGCUGCUCUAUCAGCGCAAAAUAAUCCAAUGGUUAUGGAGAGUGUAGCAGCGGCUGCUGCAAUGCAGGGGCAAGAAAUGAGUCCAGAACAAGCCCAGUUUAUGGCAAACCGCUCCUUCCCCAAUAACUACAUAAGCAACAUCAUGCCUAAUUAUUAUCAUCCAGGAUUGCGCAACCAUGAAAAUUUCUCUUAUGCCAAUAAUAAAAAUGUGCUGCAACCACCUCCGGGAUUCAAUUCUCAACCGCAACAAGAGAAAAAGCAAUCGUUGGAAGACAUUUUGGGCACUUUUAUUAUGGAGUCUAACAAGAGGUUCGGAAAAAAUAAAGCAAGACUCGACAAUAUAGAGACCCAUAUGACUAACAUGGGAGCUUCAAUGAAGAAAAUUGAGACUCAAGUGGGCCAAUUAGCUAAUGCGGUGAAUUCUAAUCAGAAGGGAAGUUUUCCUAGUGACACUGUGGUGCUUGAUGAGGGCAAUGUUCAAGCUAGUUCAAAUGAGAAAGUUGAGCCAGUGGUACGAGAGGUAGUCAAAGAAGAGAAAGCCAAGAAGCAGAGUGGAAGUGACAAGAAUGACAUGAAGAAAGAUAGCCUUCCAGUGUAUCAACCUCCCAUUCCAUACCCUCAACGAUUUCAGAAGAAGAAAUUAGAUGAACAGUUUGCAAAGUUUCUAGAAAUCUUCAAACGAAUUCACAUAAACAUUCCAUUUGUAGAUGCUCUUGAGCAAAUGCCUAAUUAUGUGAAAUUCAUGAAAGAAGUCAUGUCAAAGAAAAAAAGAUUAGAAUACUUUGAAACUGUGAAGUUAACAAAAGAAUGCAUCGCCAUCUUACAGAAGAAGUUGCCUCAAAAGGUGAAAGAUCCGGGUAGCUUUACUAUACCAUGCAUUAUUGGAGGGUCAUUCUUUGACAAGGCAUUAUGUGAUCUUGGAGCGAGUAUUAAUUUGAUGCCACUUUCAGUUUUUAAGAAGUUGGGGGUAGGAGAGGUGAAGCCCACAACCAUUACUCUUCAAUUAGCAGAUCGGUCACUUACUUAUCCUAGGGGAGUGAUUGAAGACGUAUUGGUUAAGGUGGACAAAUUUAUUUUUCCUGCUGAUUUCGUGGUUUUGGAUAUGGAGGAGGACCAUGAAAUCCCCAUUAUUCUUGGUCAUCCAUUCUUGGCUACUGGAAGAGCUCUUAUUGAUGUACAAGGUGGUCAUUUGACACUGAGGGUUAACAAUGAAGAGGUUAAAUUCAACAUUUAUCAAGCACUACAGCAGCAUGAAAACACGAGCACAUGUCACCGUGUGGAUUCUAUUGAGGUAGUAGUAGAAGAGAUGAUGAGAAAAGAAUUAUGUGAUGAUCCUUUACAACAUUGCCUUAAUUCUAGUAUUACUCAAGCUGAUUUGAAGAAGGUGAAUGGUGAGUUUGUGGGUGACGAAGUGGCUGAAUGUGUGAUGGCUCUCAGUGCUAUUCCUCGUGCUAGUGGUACUAAAGUGGAAGAAACUCUUUGUCAAGCCAAGGAAGGAGAAGUCGAGAAGGAAGUGGUGGAAAAGCAAGAUUUGAAACAACUCCCAGAUCAUUUGCAUUAUGAGUAUCUAGGAGAGAAUUUCACUUGCCUAGUGAUCAUUUCAUCAAAACUCUCAGAAUGUGAAACUGAAAAAUUGCUAAGAGUUUUGAGGAAAUAUAAAUCUGCCAUCGGAUGGGAAAUUUCAGAUCUGAAGGGAAUAAGCCCAACUGUUUGUAUGCAUAAGAUUCUAUUUGAAGAAAAUUACAAGCCUUCUAUUGAGCAUCAACGGCGAUUGAACCCAGCCAUGAAAGAAGUAGUGAGGACAGAAGUAUUGAAGCUAUUGAAUGAUGGGAUCAUUUAUGCUAUUUCGGAUAGUAGUUGGGUUAGUCAUGUGCAAGUUGUACCAAAGAAAGGGGGGAUGACAGUGAUCAAGAAUGAAGCCAAUGAAUUGAUUCCGACAAGAACAGUGAUAGGGUGCAGAAGUUGA